GUGAGAGGUUUAACAAGGUGACCAGGAAACAGGACAGCCAGAGCGACGUCCCAUCUGAUGGAGCUCCAGAAACGGUAACUUUUGAAAGACGAGACUUUCGGUGCACGAGGCUGUCAAGUUCAGUUAUCCAGUAACGAAGUAUCUUAGCAGUGGAGGUUCAAAGGUUGUUGGUGGACAGUACAAUGAGAGAAGAGGUGUCCUGCACCAACUCCCCCGAAGGAGGUAUGGGAGCCAGCGAAGAGGAACUGGAAAGAGGAUCAAAGAAAAGCCACCAGCAAGGAAAUCGAAAGCGUUCACCUUACCCUAAGAAGGAAAACCUGGUUCAAGCGGAGGAGAGCAGCACCGGCAGCCCAACAAGCCUUCUGCCAGCCGGACCGAAGAGAGUAAAGAAAAGCCCCACGACGGUGGUGUCGUUGGCCCCCACAUCGCUUGGACCCCGGCUGGACCAGCCUUUCGAGGACCUCCACUCGCAGCGUGUCAUUGCCAAUGUGCGGGAGCGCCAACGCACUCAGUCCCUGAACGACGCCUUUGCCUCUCUACGCAAGAUCAUCCCAACGCUACCUUCGGACAAGCUUAGCAAGAUCCAGAUCCUGAAGCUGGCCUCGCGCUACAUUGACUUCCUGUACCAGGUGCUGCAGAGCGACGAGAUGGACGCCAAGCUAGCCAGCUGCAACUACCUGGCUCACGAAAGACUGAGCUACGCCUUCUCCGUGUGGAGGAUGGAGGGGGCCUGGGCCAUGUCCGCCAGCCACUAGGAUCCCAUCGAAGCUCUCUCCUAAACCCCUCUCGUGUCCACAUCUCCACCCUUCCACCUCUGUCUAUGUUUGCACCCAUUAACUGACCUCUGAACCUCUGAAUCUCCAAACCCUUCAGUCUGAACUUUUUAUCUCACAUGUUUGCAGACGUUGAGCCUUUUUUUUUUUUGCUCUGAAGGUCUGUCUUUCAUUUUACUCCUUAACUCUUCACUCCAUCUCUACUACCUGUUCUUCUCUGUUCUAUCUCCCUGCUCAACCUUGUCUGUCCUUCAGUUUAGUCCAGAGCAACAAGACGCUCCUCUGCAGCCCAUCAGAAAACCGACAAAUGGAAAACUCUCCCAAAAGAAGACAUUUGUUCCCGCCUCACAAGACGAUUCCCCCAUUGUCGUUUUUAAAGUCUUUUUUCUUCCUCUCUGGACACUGAGAUGUUUCCUCACAGCUCGACUCUAACAAAUUCCACCUCGUGUUUCUGAAACACCGGUGAAGUCGAGCGCUGAACAUUUGAAAUGACAAGAACUUAAACAAACAGCUGGCCUGCGUUGACAAUGGAACAAAAAAAAGGCUGCUGGUUCGAGUGCCUUGGGUAACACCGUGAUAACCACCAUCCACCCUCCUCGGGUGACUCACUGCCAGACAGACAUUACGAUGACUGAUGAUAAUGGCACAGUGAUGGUUAGAGGGCGGUCACAGCCAAUGAAUGUUUACAGCUAAAAUGCUAAUAAGCUAAUCGCCCCGGCUCUCUGAGGCCCGUCGUGUGGGAAACAGAGGAGCACGAGGAAUCUGGCGCAGAGCUCUACUUUGUUGUGCUGUAGGAACUGGAUAGCUUUGUGUGUGUGUGUGUAUUUUGGAAAUUGUAAAGUGUAUCUUUAUGUGAAUUUGGUGUACGCACACUGUAUUACUUUAACUCUGCUCUAGCUUUAUCACGUGUAACAUUCAGCUUUAUAAAGAAAAACGUCAACCAGAAAAUGUCUUCAAAACCACUGAUGACUUCCUUUCAUUCCAGUUUUUUGUAAUCAUAGAGCUUUGCAGAAAUGUGCAUUUUAAAAUGCCAGAAAGUCUGUUUUAUUUUCCCCCCUGCAGCUUUAAGAAAUAUCCUUGCAAACUUGCUGUGAGCAGUCUAAGUAGUCUUAUUACUGUUAUGAUUGUGUUCCUUUUUGUACUGUUUGCAUUUGCUUUUGAUAAUCUUUAUUGUGUCAACG